AACGAUCUAUGGAAAAUGAAGGCGUUGUAGAACAGUGUAGAACCAGCAGAAGAAAUCUCAUCUUUUCCGAAUAAUUGUAAUGACGGCCGCUAAUUGAUUACUUGUAAUUCAACGCCGAUUUACAAUUGUUCAUCAUAUACGUUAGUGAUAGUAUUUUGGAGACAGUAUUUCGGUAGAAAGUGUAAAGAAAAGGCAUAAAACUGGUGUUCGAUAAGUCACUUGGCAAUAUGCCUGCCGUCAGGGGUGAUGGAAUGCGAGGGCUCGCAGUCUUCAUAUCAGACAUAAGAAAUUGUAAAAGCAAAGAAGCGGAAAUUAAGAGGAUCAAUAAAGAACUGGCCAAUAUAAGAAGUAAGUUCAAAGGUGACAAAACUCUGGAUGGCUACCAAAAAAAGAAAUAUGUAUGUAAACUUUUAUUUAUCUUUUUGCUGGGUCAUGAUAUCGACUUUGGUCAUAUGGAAGCAGUCAACUUACUUUCAUCCAACAAGUAUUCUGAAAAACAGAUUGGCUAUUUGUUCAUAUCAGUACUGGUCAACACCAACAGUGAUCUAAUUAAGCUUAUUAUCCAGAGCAUUAAAAAUGACCUGCAGUCACGUAAUCCUAUCCAUGUCAACUUGGCUCUGCAAUGCAUUGCCAACAUUGGCAGCAAAGAUAUGGCAGAAGCAUUUGGCACAGAAAUCCCUAAACUUCUUGUCUCAGGAGAUACUAUGGAUGUGGUUAAGCAAUCUGCUGCUCUAUGCUUGCUAAGAUUGUUCAGGAAGUCACCUGAAAUAAUACCUGGAGGUGAGUGGACUUCCAGAAUCAUACACCUUCUGAAUGACCCACACAUGGGUGUGGUGACAGCAGCUACGUCUCUUAUUGAUGCCCUAGUGAAAAAGAAUCCAGAAGAGUAUAAAGGUUGCGUAACACUAGCUGUUGCUAGACUGAGUAGGAUUGUUACUGCCAGUUAUACUGACCUUCAAGACUAUACUUAUUACUUUGUACCAGCACCAUGGCUUUCAGUCAAACUUCUACGUUUGCUGCAGAAUUACACACCUCCAUCUGAAGAGCCUGGCGUCAGAGGUCGUCUAUCUGAGUGUCUCGAAACCAUUUUUAAUAAGGCUCAAGAACCUCCUAAAUCAAAGAAGGUACAGCAUUCAAAUGCCAAGAAUGCUGUGUUGUUUGAGGCAAUAAGUCUUAUCAUACACAAUGACAGUGAACCUAAUUUGCUUGUUCGGGCAUGUAACCAGCUUGGCCAAUUCCUUAGCAAUCGUGAGACCAAUUUGAGAUAUUUGGCCCUUGAAUCUAUGUGUCAUCUGGCUACAUCUGAGUUUUCUCAUGAGGCUGUCAAAAAACAUCAAGAAGUUGUCAUUCUAUCAAUGAAAAUGGAAAAAGAUGUAUCUGUCCGACAGCAGGCUGUCGAUUUACUAUAUGCUAUGUGCGACAAAACAAAUGCUGAAGAAAUUGUCCAAGAGAUGUUAGCUUAUUUAGAAACUGCUGACUAUUCUAUAAGAGAAGAAAUGGUUCUGAAAGUAGCCAUUUUAGCUGAGAAAUAUGCCACAGAUUUCACUUGGUAUGUUGAUGUGAUACUAAAUCUUAUAAGGAUUGCUGGAGAUUAUGUGUCAGAAGAAGUUUGGUAUCGAGUUAUACAGAUUGUAAUUAACAGGGAAGAAGUCCAGGGCUAUGCUGCAAAAACAGUAUUUGAAGCUCUACAGGCACCAACUUGCCAUGAGAACAUGGUAAAAGUGGGUGGUUACAUUCUUGGAGAGUUUGGUAAUUUGAUAGCAGGGGAUACAAGAUCAUCACCUCAAGUGCAAUUUGAGUUGCUGCAUUCAAAGUACCAUCUGUGUUCUGCUGCAACAAGAGCACUUCUAUUAUCUACAUACAUUAAACUCGUUAACCUUUUCCCAGAAAUCAAAAAUCGUGUUCAAGAAGUAUUUCGUGCUGAUUCCAACUUGCGCUCCUCUGAUGUUGAAUUGCAGCAAAGAGCAUCUGAAUAUCUUCAGCUUAGUAUUGUGGCCAGUGCUGAUGUUUUAGCUACAGUGCUGGAAGAAAUGCCUGCUUUCCCUGAAAGAGAAUCUUCCAUUCUUGCUGUUUUGAAGAAAAAGAAACCUGGGCGCAUUCCAGAUGAUGUAAGAGAAUCAAAGAGUCCACAACCAACUGCAGCACCUACUGCUGUCAUUAACUCUACUAAUAACACUAACAGCUCAAGUGCAGAUUUGCUAGGACUCUCCACUCCCCCAGGAACUACAGCUCCAGCUGGGAAUGGAUUGCUUGAUGUACUUGGAGAUCUGUACACAGCCCCUAAAAUCAGUCCUAGCACAGUGCAGCAAAACAAUAUAAAGAAAUUUUUAUUCAAAAAUAAUGGAGUGCUAUUUGAAAAUGAUUUAAUUCAGAUUGGAGUCAAAAGUGAAUACAGACAGAAUUUGGGAAGGAUUGGUUUGUUCUAUGGCAAUAAGACUCAGUUCCCUAUUCAGAAUGUUCGCCCUGAAUUGCACUGGACAGACUUGCACAAACUGAAUGUGCAGAUGAAACCUAUGGAACCAGUACUAGAAGCAGGUGCUCAGAUCCAACAAAUGCUUACUGCUGAGUGCAUUGAAGAUUUUGUUGAUGCUCCAAGUAUGUCAGUUUCAUUUGUGUACAAUAAUGUACCCCAGAAAAUUACUAUGAAACUUCCGCUCACACUGAACAAAUUCUUUGAACCUACCGAAAUGAAUGGUGAGUCAUUCUUUGCCAGAUGGAAAAACCUAGGAGGAGAACAACAGCGAGCACAAAAGAUAUUUAAAGCUCAAGGAUCCAUUGACAUACCUGCUACAAGAACCAAAUUGGCUGGAUUUGGUAUGCAGUUGUUAGAUGGUAUUGACCCUAAUCCUGAUAACUUUGUGUGUGCUGGUAUUGUCCACACCAGAGUACAGCAAGUGGGAUGUCUAAUGAGAUUGGAACCAAAUAAACAAGCUCAAAUGUUUAGACUGACUGUAAGAUCUAGCAAGGAAACAGUCUCACAUGAAAUAUGCAAUCUGUUAGCAGAUCAAUUUUAAGUUUAGUUAAAGAAAACAAGAAAUGAACAACAUUGUUAGACAAUGAAGUUGGUGUUAUAGUCGCCUAGAAGUUCACAGUCACUUUACUGGUAGAGUUGAUAAAAAUAAAUGCGUACAAUUUGGAAAAUAUACUAUGCAGAACACUUGUGAACUUUGCACUGAACUUGAAUGAAAUGAAAUCUCUCGUGUACAAUUUUGGAUUUAUUUUAUUGCUAAUAUAGAGUUAGGUGUUUUGUAAACCGAGAUUUAUUUUAGUUAACGUUUAAACUGCGAUUUAUAAGAUUUGAUAAAAUGUUCAAAAGACAAGAUAUAUUUAGUUUCUUUCAUGGUAUUAAAAUAACAAUAUAUUAUUCAGUUUAGUAAGCUAUAUGCUAAGAAUUUACCUUAUUCAUCAUGUUUUGUAUAUCAAUACCUUCCAUUUAUAAAACCUAAUUUGAUAUUAGUAGUAGUAUAACAAUAAUAAAUUAUAUAUUAUGCCUUUUGUCAUCCAUAAACAUUUACCAUGAUCUGCAGUAUUGCAGAGUGCUUUAUAAUUUUUACACGUUCACAUGAUUCAUAUAUGAUUAAUGUACCGAAUACGAUUAUUGCUUAAUUUGUAUAUAUAGGGGAUAAUUGAAAUUUUCAUGCAUUACUUCAUAGUUGAUGGUGUCUUGUUUGGACGACGAAUAGGUAGCUAUUUAGUAUCACAGAUCAUACUGUUGUCGCGCAUUUCUAGGUAUAUUAAAAUGUAUUUAUGGUAUAAUGUAGAAAAUUAUUAUUCAUACCAAAGUAAAUAUUUGGCUGUUAUGUCAUCAUUAUCAAAAUUUUGGUUGGGUUAUUAGUAUUCUACUCAUCAGUUGGUUGGCAACUUUGUUUUAUUUUAUAAAAAAGAAAUAUUAUGUUACUAUAAAAACAAAAAAAAGGAUUAAAUGACCAAAACUGGUGAGUAUAAUAUUUCUGUCUGUAAAAUUAUCUAAUGUACUCAUAUCAUGUGUAAUGAAAUAUAAUACCUAUCAAUUUUCAGUUAGGCUUGUAUUAAGCAUCAUUGGAACACAUACAUUGCUAACUGCUAUACUAAAAUAUGUAAUAAUACCCUUUUUUCACAUAAUGUUCCUGUUAACUUGUAGUAUAAAAUUAUAUAAAUGGCAAUAAUUAAUAUCUCCAAAUGAAAGCUGAUAUACAGUAUUAACUUUGGUAAUCAAAUCUUUGAAUCCAUAUAUUUUUAUUGCAAAUAUCAAUUUAUGUUAACUCUCUAUGAAGUUGGUUAUUAAAAUCACAUUAUAUACCAUAUUGCUAGUAUACGUAAAAAUAACAGAAAUUAGUUAUUUUUCUGAUAUCACAAACUUUUUCAAUUCAUAUUUAGGUGCCUAGAACACAAGUCUCUGUGAUGAACAUUAUCAUGUGACUGGUGUAUAUCAAAUGUUUUAAAAAUAUUAUAAUGUAUCUACUUCACCAACAUUCCUAUAAAUAAUAGGCCUAUUUUAUAUUGUUUUUAAAUUGUAUUUUUAUGAGUCAUUUUAUCUGACUUCAUGUUACAUUAUAAUUUAUUUUUAAAAUAGAAUCCCAAUGAUUAUAAAGCUGUACCAGUAUAAAUAAUGCUACAGAUUUAAACUGAAAGUAUAUCAGCUUCAUACUCAUGACAUUUUAUAUGUACUUGUUUGUUAGAGAUUAUUUAAAUGUGUUGGUGUGUAUUGAGUACCUAUACGUGUUUUGAGUCGGUAGUAGGAAUCUCACAAACCUAGAAGAUUUUAUUUUCAUAUUAUUAUGUACCACAAAAUAGAGAUAAUAUAGGGACUUUAGUAUUAUGGACAUAAAAUGUUGUUAUAAAUUUAUUAGUAGCAAGCAUGCUAAGUUUUCUUUGCAUGGUAGAUUUGUUAAGAGAACAUUAAUAAUAAAUUAAUAUAUCAUUAUUAAACGUUUUUAUUAAUCUUGUUAAGAAUGUGGUACCCAUAACAUUGUAUGUAUAUUAUGAAAUUUAAAAGAAUGUAUAUGCUUCUUUGAUACAUGUACACUUCGUAUAUAUGUGUGUUUAUCAAAUGUAAAAUAUCACAAAGUGGGUGUGAUUCUAUAACAGAUGUAGAUGUUUGUUCUUGCGCUUCGAAACCCAUUAUUGUAACUCUUAAAUAAAAUAUUUAUCCAAUACGUA